AUGAUAGAUGCAGCUCUCGAAAGGUUCUUCAGUGAUGGCUUCACUGUCAUCACCCCUGAUGAUGUGGAAGAAUUUCGCACUGUUUGGGACAGUAGUGUCAACCUCCCGUUUAAUGUGGCCAAACCGAUCCAUAGCAUAUCCAAUUUGGGACUCAACGAAAUCAUUAUUUUGGGAAUUUUUAUGCAAUGCAACUACUUUGUGGUGGAUAAACAACAAGAAACCUUCCCUACUUGUUGUCAGCCAGAUAUCAACGCCAAGCGGUUCCAUACACCCAUUGAUGUACAAUUCUUUAGCACUGGGGCUAUUGUUGAAGCUCCAAUAUGCGCUUUGGAGUACAGGGCUAGCCCCAACGCAACGGGAAUGCCAAAUCUCCCUGUGGUUCCAAUGAUCUUCCCAGCAACUAGGGGCACCACCAGUUUUGGUCUGAAGCUUGGAGCCAACCAUCUUGGGGCUGAGAGAGUCAAGCAAGAGGAUUUCAAUGCAGCUUAUGACAUAUUGUUUCCAGGCUGCAACAAGGUUGUGUCGGAUAUUUUGACCAGCUAUUAUCAGUUGGACGAGGACGAAGAGGAGGACGAGUCAACGUCACUGGACGAACUGUUACAACAAGUGGAGCGGAAGCGGAAUGCGUUUGAGGGACUAUUUGUGUGCAUGUGCCAUACGUAUGACCUUACUGUCCCCCAAGGUUGGGCAAAGUUGCUGAAGAGGCUGUUGGUGGAUUCAGACGAGCCUCCUCCAUUUGCAUCAAUCCAAAAUCUGACAGCUGUCACUUCGUCAUUGUUUUCUUCCAAGAUCAAUAUCAGCAUUGCAUUUUUGGCUGGUGAGGCACCCAUCAUUGCAUUCAAGCAGAAGCUGUUGUCUGCAGAAAGCCCCUUCCCACUUGAUUAUCAAAUUUCUGCUCAUCUUAAUGUGCUGAAAGAAAGAAGCCUGGAUCAAGCAAAACUCAAGCAAUUCAGUCACGAACAACGAGAGCAUUAUGCCAUGUCUUCUGAGACGGGAUCGGUCAAAGAUCUGGUAAUGGACUUUGUAUUGACAUCCAUUGAAACCAAGGCAUCUUUUUUUGAUAGUGUCUAUGAAGACACGCCACCCGAAGACUACUCUGGGCUGAUGAUGGGAAUUUUCAAAAAAGCCCUACAAGCUCUCCUUGGAGCAACGAAAUACAAUUCUGAUGCCAAGAGAAUUGUGGAAGAUUACUUGAGCGACCCAAGAAGACAGGGCAAAACUCCUUCUGAAGUUUGGAAGGACUUGCUUCGCAAAAUGGCGGACAUCAAGUUUGCACCUUUCACGAACACAAAAAAGGCACCCAAAGUAUUGUCUUGGUUCAUUCAUAUUAUGGUACAGUUUUUGGAUCUAGAGAGCGGUACUACUUUCUUUUCUAUACUCUGCAGAGACCAUCAGAAUAUAUUUUUGCCCAAUGGUCAUCCGAAAUGGACUGACACUUAUAUUCCAUUUUGGAAUGCAUUUUUUGUUGCCAAGCUCAGCAUGGCUGAGUCUAUUUGCAGCCACUACGAGAAACAUAAUGGGAAGAUGAAGACAAAAAGGAAGAUGUGUGUCGACCUUAUGGCUCGGAGAAUCUCACCUCUAUUGCUACUAGUCAUUGGAGAGGACGAACCAGCUUGGACUGCUCCAAACUCAUGGAAAGGGAAAUAUACCUUGCUGUGGCGGUCGCUUCUCAGGAAGAAUGGUACAGGAUCAAAGCUCCACAUCAUGAUGCUUAUCUUCAAGGUUGCCGCAACUGGGCGGUAUCCAUGUCUGACAUUUGGUUCUGCAUUUGAUACCACCCAAUCAAAUGUUAUUUUUGCCAAGGGACUUGAAACUGAAAACCUUCUUGCCUCCAAUGAUAUUGACAAAGAGCUUGGUUGCUUUGUCAAUGAGAUACUUACAGGGGCGUCUGCUUCUGUUGAGACCUUGACACAACUUGAAUGUUACUUGGUUAGUGAACAGCUCAGGCGACAGGCGGAACAGGCAAAGAAGAAGCGAAAGGCUCAACGUCCAACAGCAAAGGAAACAAAGUCCAUCAAGAAGAAGAAGAAUGAGUAUGAUCCUGCUAAAAACCCGUUUAUUGAUUAUGAAGCCAAAAAGAACAAGAAAGAAGAUGGUAGUGAGGAGUCUGAGGAUGAGUCUGAGGAUGAGUCUGAGGAUGAUUCUAACGAUGAUUCUGCUUCUAACGAUAAAAACAAAACAAAGAGAACCACUAAGCAUUCUUCUGAAUCUCAAGAUGACAAGACCAAGGAUGAUGAUGAAAGUGACAACGAGGAAGACACGAGCCCUCAUGGGAUGACAAGUCCAGAAAACAUGCAAACCGAACUUCAAAGACGAGCCCAAAAACAUGAAACGGAAAGGAAUGACAUGGAAGAUGAAAAGAGGCGGCUGGAAGAUGAAAAGAGACAGCUGGUGGAAGAAAACGAAAAGCUGGAAGCAGAAAACAAAAGGCUGCGGGUCGAAGGCAGGAGAGUGGUGGGGGAAAAAAAGGCAGUGACUGUCAAAAUUGGAAAGAAGAAUCAAAUCAUCGAUGAUUUCAUCAAAGGCUGUAAGAAACACAAUAUUUCAUGGCAAGACAUUUUGGCCAGUGGUCGUGCUGACAAAGACGAAGAAAAGGAGAAUCGAACGCCAUCUAGCAGCAAGAAUAGCUCGCCUCGCACACCUCGCAAACACACACUUAACACACGUCACAAACGCACUCCUGGCACACUACCUGGAACACCUGGAACACAUGUAACACCAGCACCCAAUGAAAGAGGCUUGAACAGAAAGAAGAAAGGACCAUGA